AUGGAAAGCCUGGGGCCACUCUCAGGUCCUUGGGCUCGGCCCUCUCAGGUCCACGCCGGGACCGGCAUUCCACCAUCCACGCGGCCACGUACAGUCCAGGUUUCACGGGCGAAGCAGCCGCGCCGCAGCUUCUGGGGGUCCACCCCGGCUUCACCGAAAGUGGGUGGACCUUCUGUGACAAGGGACGGUGAUUGCCUGGGCCACAAAGGUUCCGGACUUGCCGGUUUGGACCGUGCGGCUGGCAGACCUGUGGCGUUUGACGCUGCCAGGACCACCUGCUGGGGUCACCACCGUGUGAAGAUCGGACGUUCAGAACUCAAGAUGACCCAAUGGCGCUGUGAUGCGGACUGGAAUCCCUGCGCCUGCGCCGGUUUCCCAGAGCCCAUUUGGGCUCAGAAAGGACCCAACCCGUUCGCCAGGGUGACAUGA